CAGGCAUGGACAGCCAGCCGGGCCGGGGCUGCGGACCGCCGGCGCCCGCCCGCCCUGCUCGCGGCUUAGCGGCUCCGCGGCCCGGGCGGGGGUUCUGGCUUCUCGGCCCGCCGGGGCGGCCCCGGCCGACGGAGCCCACUCGGCAGCCUCCUUCCGGGCCGCGCGGCCGGCGCAUCCCAAAGAAGCGGCGGCGGGUCGAGGGCCCAUGCUCGGCGGGGCAGCCCGCUCCGGGCCGAGCGAGCCGGACCGCGAGCCCGAGGGCGGGGGAGCGCGAGCGCAGUGUGGGGCCCGGGCUGGAGGCUGGUGCAGGCCCAGCUGCUGUUGUGUCUUUUCCUUGAUUUGCUUUUUUUUCCUGCCUGUGUCAUUUCCUUCCCUUUGCUCACACAGGCUGGCCUGUGAGAGUUCCCGGGGCUUGCUCUCGAGCCCUGUGCGCGCCCCAGCGCAGGGGGGAGGGCGUGCAGGGAGAUAGGUUGGGAGGUGAUUAAAACGGCAAUCACUGUUAUCAACCGCGCGGUUGAGAAAUGCGAGCUGCGCGCAGAUUGCUGGAGGUUAGGAAUUGGUCGCGGGCUGCCACUUAUAAUACACAUCCUACCUUUCGAAAAAUCUAGUAGUGUUUUACAUCCAUUAUUUUAAUCUAACUGUAUCCCUGAAAUUAUGUAACUUUUGAAAGAGAGAAACAUUCACUACACAAAAGAAUCUCUAUGAAAUCAUUUCCUUUUUAAUCGAUAUUUGUAACUUCUGUUGUGAAGAUGUAAUCUAAGAAAAGCUUUUAAUGUCUUCCACACGCAGCAUUUGAACUGAAUUAUAUUUCAUGUCCUUUUUGGUAAUUUACCAAAUGACUAUUGGACUAGAUUAAGUAGCAAAUAACAUUUUAGAUGUACUUUGCUUCUCUUGUUGGAUCAGUUAUUUUGAUACUGUUGUUUGCAAUGGCAAGUUUUGUAAAGUAUUUGGUAUUGUCAUAAAUAAUCAAGGGGUAAAAGUCAGUAAAAAGAUCAUUUGCACGACCAUUGAUUGCAUCUGUGAAGAGGGAACGUUAAUAUUUGAUUUGCCCUAUAGCAAGGUCAAGUCGUUUCUGUAGGGGGUUAAAUGUUUGCUGUGUCACAUGGGGCAGAUAUUCUUUUGCGGCCCAUCUUUACACUCUGGCUUUGAAUGAAUUACCUUGUUCUGUUCCAUACUGCCCCUCAUACAGUAAGAGAUGGGUUUGUUCAUUUGUUGGGCUUACUGUUUCCUUCCCAUGCUUUACUUCAGAAGUGCUUGCUUUUCUGGGAAAAGUCUGUGACAGUAAGCAGAAAAGGAACCCAGUGAGGCCUGGUAUUUAAAUACAUAAUUCACCAAAUACUCAUUGAACAUUUACUAUAAAUGGGGAACAUAAUUCUUCUUGUCCUCCCCAGGUUUCAUACAUUUAUUUUGUGUUCUGGAAUUUGAUGAUUGAACUAAAUCUUUGAAUUGAUUUGUGAGCCUACACUUGCUAUAAUCUUUCUAAGUCUUUCCUUUUUGUCCUGCGGGGACAGUCUUAAGUCCCAAAGGGUAGUGUGAAAUACUUGAGGGUGUGCAGACCUACUUCCCACUUUCUCAACUGCUAAAUCAGUUAGAGUGUCCAGAUGCGUUGACUACAUUGCAUCCCUAGAAAUAAAAUAGAUGUCAGCCUGUUUUCACAUUUCAAGAUAUUUUCAGGGGCUUCCCUGGUGGUGCAGUGGUUGAGAGUCCGCCUGCCGAUGCAGGGGAUGCGGGUUCGUGCCCCGGUCCGGGAGGAUCCCACAUGCCGUGGAGCGGCUGGACCCGUGAGCCAUGGCCGCUGAGCCUGUGCGUCCGGAGCCUGUGCUCUGCAACGGGAGAGGCCACAACAACGAACAGGAGGCAUUGAACUCAAUCAUGAAGGAUCUGGUGGCCCUCCAGAUGAGCCGACGUCCCCGGGUGCCUGGAUAUGAGACCAUGAAGAACAAAGAAACGGGUCACCCAAAUAGGCAGAAAAAACACAACAGCAGCAGCUCAGCCCUUCUGAACAGCCCCACAGUAACUACAAGCUCAUGUGCAGGGGCCAGUGAGAAAAAGAAAUUUUUGAGUGACGUCAGGAUCAAGUUCGAGCACAACGGGGAGAGGCGAAUUAUAGCAUUCAGCCGGCCUGUAAGAUAUGAAGAUGUGGAGCACAAGGUGACGACAGUGUUUGGGCAGCCUCUUGAUCUACAUUACAUGAACAAUGAGCUCUCCAUCCUGCUGAAGAACCAAGAUGAUCUUGAUAAAGCAAUUGAUAUUUUGGAUAGAAGCUCAAGCAUGAAAAGCCUUAGGAUAUUGCUGCUGUCCCAGGACAGAAAUCAUACCAGUUCCCCUCCCCACUCCGGGGUGUCCAGGCAGGUGCGAAUCAAAGCUUCCCAGUCUGCGGGAGACAUAAAUACCAUCUACCAGCCCCCUGAGCCCAGGAGCAGGCACCUCUCUGUCAGCUCCCAGAACCCCGGCCGAAGCUCGCCUCCCCCUGGCUACGUGCCUGAGCGGCAGCAGCGGAUUGCCCGACAGGGGUCCUACACCAGCAUCAACAGCGAGGGGGAGUUCAUCCCAGAGACCAGCGAGCAGUGCAUGCUGGAUCCCCUGAGCAGUGCUGAAAAUUCCUUGUCAGGAAGCUGCCAAUCCUUGGACAGGUCCGCAGACAGCCCAUCCUUCCGGAAAUCGCGAAUGUCCCGAGCCCAGAGCUUCCCAGACAACAGACAGGAAUUCUCGGAUCGGGAAACUCAGCUCUAUGACAAAGGGGUCAAAGGUGGAACCUACCCCCGGCGCUACCACGUGUCCGUGCACCACAAGGACUACAAUGACGGCAGAAGAACAUUUCCCCGAAUACGGCGUCAUCAAGGCAACCUGUUCACCCUGGUGCCCUCCAGCCGCUCCCUGAGCACAAAUGGCGAGAACAUGGGCCUGGCGGUGCAGUACCUGGACCCCCGAGGGCGCCUGCGGAGUGCGGACAGUGAGAACGCCCUCUCUGUGCAGGAGAGGAACGUGCCAACCAAGUCUCCCAGUGCCCCCAUCAAUUGGCGCCGGGGGAAGCUCCUGGGCCAGGGUGCCUUUGGCAGGGUCUAUCUGUGCUAUGAUGUGGACACAGGACGAGAACUUGCUUCCAAGCAGGUCCAGUUUGACCCAGACAGUCCUGAGACAAGCAAGGAGGUGAGUGCACUGGAGUGUGAGAUCCAGUUGCUGAAGAACUUGCAGCACGAGCGCAUAGUGCAGUACUAUGGCUGCCUGCGGGACCGUGCCGAGAAGACUCUGACCAUCUUCAUGGAGUACAUGCCGGGGGGCUCAGUGAAAGACCAGUUGAAGGCCUACGGAGCUCUGACAGAGAGUGUGACCCGAAAAUACACCCGGCAGAUCCUGGAGGGCAUGUCCUACCUGCACAGUAACAUGAUUGUUCACCGGGACAUCAAGGGAGCCAACAUCCUCCGAGACUCUGCUGGGAAUGUGAAGCUGGGGGACUUUGGGGCCAGCAAGCGCCUGCAGACCAUCUGCAUGUCAGGCACGGGCAUGCGCUCGGUCACUGGCACACCCUACUGGAUGAGCCCUGAGGUGAUCAGCGGUGAGGGCUACGGAAGGAAGGCAGACGUGUGGAGCCUGGGCUGCACUGUGGUGGAGAUGCUGACAGAGAAACCACCUUGGGCAGAGUAUGAAGCCAUGGCCGCCAUUUUCAAGAUUGCCACCCAGCCCACCAAUCCUCAGCUGCCCUCCCACAUCUCUGAGCACGGCCGGGACUUCCUGAGGCGCAUUUUUGUGGAGGCCCGCCAGAGACCUUCGGCCGAGGAGCUGCUCACACACCAGUUUGCACAGCUCGUGUACUGAGCUCUCAAGGCCACGCUGUUGCUGGCCGCCCCCUGCUGCAUGGGCGAGGGGCUGCUGUGGGGCUCAGCAAAAUUGCUGCUUCUCCCAGGCAAGGCUGUGGACCAUGGAGCUGCAGUCCAGCCAGCGUUGUCUGUGCCCUUCUGCUGCUGGGGCCCAGAGCCAGGUAGGGUGGCUGCAGCCUCACGGACUGGGAGCCCCCAGCCUGCCAGACCUGAAGCUCCAGCAUCCUAAGCUCAGCCUGGAGGGGAAGGGGCUAGCAACAGCGUGCGAGGCGCCGUGGGCCCCGUCCUUGGCACUGUGUCCUGACACCACGGUCAGCACCAGACCCCCGGGAGUCUGGGGGCACAGGAUGGACACGAGGGUCUGAAUAGUGUUACUUUCAUUCAGAGUGUUAUUUUGUUUCUCCUCCCCAUGUCUGGAGACCACCAGGGCAUCUCUGGGCUGGAUGAGCCCACCCACACCUGAGGUAAAGCCCAGCAUCCCGCAGCCAAUGGAAAGCGGAGGCCUGGGCUGCACUCCCCCUGGAGCCCCAGGCCAGCUUGCCAGUCCCUUUCCUUUACCAAAGAUGAAUGAAGCAAAUGUUAUGCUGCCUUAUUCAGGGAAGGAGGAGCCUGUCCUGCCUGCCCCCAUGACCCUGACCCCCUCCCACCCUCAAGCAGGGGCCUGAGAUGUGGAACUGCCCCCACUGAGAGGGAGACCCAGUUUUGUCAAUGCAAUUGUCUCUGUUUUACAAGUUGGAGUCACUCUUAUGCUGUACCCAGUUUCUAAACGGAGACUUCGUGUGCCCUCUGGGCUCUGAGUACCCCUGCUCUGGGCUUGGGCCUUGGGCCAGAUUGGAAAGAGCUGAAGGUCAUGGCCUUUGUGCUCCUGGCCUGGCACCUGUUCCCCUCCUGGGGCAGAAAGGACGAUGGACAACACAGUGAAGGCAUCUGAGCCAGCUGGCUACCCUGAGUGGGCCGUUCAGGGCAGCCAGGGGAGUCGUAUCAGGCUGUCUGCGGGUUACGACCUGCUAGGCCAGAGCUCUCUAUGAUGCCACCAACUGUGUCCCAAACUGCAAAGCUCUGUUCCUCCUUGGCCAGCCUUGCUCAUCCCCAUGAGGUCUCAGCCUCUUUCCCUUGUUGCUCCUAUGGGGGAGGAAUGGCAGCAGGGGUCAGGGAGCCAGUAUCUCCAAGCAGCUUAGAGUUGGCCUUAUUUACCUCAGCCUGGGCGCUGGUCCUUUCUUCCGGCCCCUCCCCUCCAAAAAUGUGCCUAUUGCUAGAGCUCCUCCCUCUCCAACACCCAGUUUCCUUGGGAGUUGUCAUUAAAGGAAAAAAAAAAAAAAAAAAAGCCAGUGCCCAGGGAUGGGUGUCUCCAAGGAGCUGGGGAUUAGUGCCAGGCAGCUCAUUGCCAGCCUUGCCCACUUCCCCAAGGGCACCAGAACAAGCCAAAGCCUUCGUUGUAUGUUGACGAUGCACUUUUAUGAAUGUAGUUUCUAUCGCUGUUUUUAGCCUUUUCACAUCAUGUAAUGUGAGGCCUUGUACUUGUUAAUUUAUAUCUCAGAUCAUAUUUGAUGGUUUUUAUAUAUAUCAAUUCUAGACUGUUACAGGUGAUGGACGCCUCAAGAGAGAGAAGAGAAAAUGAAAGCAGCUGGUUUUGCAGGAAUGUGUGUUGCACGGUGCCAGUUGGGCCUGGGCCCCUGUUUCCAUCCUUUUCCCCCAGGGGCCUCUGUCAGGCACCCCCAGGCGGGCGCUCUGAAGAUAGUGAGCAUGUGCUCCUGCCUCCCUCCACCUUGGCUCUUGGCCCAGGGUGGGGACUGGCCCCUUGCCUCGACCAAAGCUGCCGAGCGGCAGCUCGGCCUCUCCACGACCCCGUCCUGAUGGCUGUAGCACUCUUCUUGGGCCCACACCCCCGCCCCCAGUCCCUGACCCCCGCCAGGAAACGGCGUGGUGCCGGUGCCGACAAGAUGAGACGACUCUGUGUCCCAGGUUCAGGCUCUCACAGAGCCCCACCCCCCCCCGGGGUCUUGCCGCACAGGGAAUGUUUUUAAAAAUGAAUUUGCGAACAAGCCAACAAAUCCUACACUCCAAAAAACCACGACCCUGAUUUUUUGUGUGCCAAAAACUGUGGACAUGCUGGCUCAGCAUCCUCAGGACCAAGCUGUUGCUUAAUUUUAAUUUAUUGUUUUUUUAUUAAAUAAUCCAGAUGAAAAGUUGUGGGGCCUAGGAUGGCCUGGCCCAAAGGAUCUGAAGGGCCGUCUCCUAGCAGCCCCAGGCUGGCUGUGGGAAGGGCCUGCCACCACUUGCUCAUCAACCCGUGGGGUAUGUCAGCCUUGGCCAGCCCGACACGGAGAGGCCAGGGCUGGGGACAGUCCACACUCCACCACCCUCCUGCCCACCCCAGCUCUGUGUGUCUGAAUUGUGGAUCGUGCAGAAGAACCUGCAGCCAUAGUUAUUUUGACUAUAUCUUGACCGAGGGCUUGCAGUGCAAAGCCAGGCCAGUGUCGUGCAUUACUUACAAUAAAAGGGAUCAUUUAUACCCAA